AUGGCAUCAUCAUCGGGGUUUUUCAUGAUCUGUCUUCUUCACUCUAUAAUAUCUUUUUCGUGUGGUUCUUUGAUGAUAUUUUACCUCAAUGAGAUCUCUAUAAUUGGUCAUGGAAGUGAAACAGCUAUCAAACUCUUAGGAUCAACACCACAUGAUCAACUCUUAAUUCAAACUUCAGAUUCAUUUGCUGGAUUACUUCUUUGCAUAAUUGGGCUUCUUUUAUUCAUGGUUUCCUUCAUUAGAGACAAAGAGUUUCAGAGCUUUUUUGCUAACGGAUGCGUUCUUGUUCAUAUUUUAGUAGCUCUGUGGAGGAUUUUCUUUGAGAGAGAAGUUGAAAUUCUUGCUUCACAUUGGCCUAAGCAAGUUAUUGGAGACUUUCUGAUGGCUUUUUCAUGGGUUUUCUUUCAAAUUUAUACUUGGAGAGAAAAAUAUGACUAG